UAGAUGGAAAAUUAGAAAAGUGAGGGAAAGAAUUUAAUCUUAAUAUCAGACUUGAGAAGGUGUAAAAAAAAAUGCCUAACUAGCUGUAAAAAGUGCAUAUCUUUGUGCAAUUUUUCCUCCUAAUGAAGCUGUAUGACUGGUAAUCAUGAAAUCCUUUGACCUUACAACAGUCAGAAUUAAAGAUGAGCCAAAAGGAAAUAGAAAGAUGCCAGGUUAAAUAUAAAUUUGUUGCAUAGUCUGUUAACCAAAGAUGACCUACCUGAAAACAGGUGGAGAAAAAAAGACAUGUGGAAAAGUAGGUGGUGUGGUCAGUGCAUUAAGAUUUAAAGAAAGUAGAAGAACCCAAGUACCCUCACUAUUAGAACAUGAGAAAGUUCUCCAUGUUGAUUGAGGUAUAAGUCCUUUAUGGAGGAUUAAUUUAGAAAGCUGAGAAAAUUAUACAGACUGUGAAGAUGUGAUGCUAUUAGGAUUUUCACUGACAAGAGUAUUCACACCGAUAUCAUAGAACUACCUAACACACAAUUUCCCCUACCACCUUUUAUUUAAAUCUCCUAAGGUUGACUAAGUGGAUGGGGAUUUAAGCCACAGAUGACAAAUUUGAAGUUAAAGGAGCAUCUGUGAUUAAAUAAAAUUAAAAUUGGAAGACUUCAUAUAAUUUUGAUUAGGUGAGUUUGUAUCUUCUGGGUCUUUAUGAGAAGAGAGUCUGGAUACAACUUAAUGAAUAUUUUGUAGACUUGUUGAAGCAUUUGUUAUUGGCCAAAAUAAAGGAUAAGCAAUGAGUUAAGUUCUUUAAAAAUGGUCAGUGGCUUAUUUGAACCUUGGCAUAUAUAUUACUAUUUAGCACCAACAUUUAACAUGAAAAAAUAGACUUGUCUGUUGACAUUAAAUAUAAUAUAAAGUUUUAGAUUUGUGUUUAUAUGCAGAAGUCAUGUGUACACAUUAACAAGUAUACUUGCUCAAAUAAUUCUGUGAUCCUAUUGAUUUUGGAGCUUCCUUCAAAAAUGCAGAUUACACACGACCCAUCCUUUGUGACUACUGGCUUUGCCCUAAGUUUACCACAGGGAGCACACCCAGCCUGUUGAAAAUCUUAUUAUUCUGUUACUGUGAUAGUACUAGCAUAAAAUUCUUUAAUAGUUUAUUUUCUUAUUUGAAGUUCCUUAUUGAUUUUAUAUGACUGCCUGUUUCACACCCACCAUGUGUUCAUUCUUCCAUUGCUCUCUAUAGUGUUAAUUUUUAAUGGCUCAGUGGCUAUUAUAUUCUAUAUAGCACUUUGAUCCUUUUCUUCAAUUCUUUGACCCACUUCUUGUUUAUUUGUACUUUCUGUCCUGUACAUACAUACAUACUAGCAGACAAACUCUUAAGCAGUUCAUCUAAAUAUAUGCCAUAAACUGGACAAUUCAUCUUGGAAAAUGCAGUAACUUCAGCAUUGAUCAUUUAUUUAGUCAUUCUUGUGUGAUACUUAGGGCUAAACUUUUGAGUGGUUUACAGAUCUUUUCCAGGAAGUUCUACAGUGUUCUGGACUUUGAUGCAAUCAACACAGUGUCAUCUGCAUGUAUGAGCAUCUGGAGGACUUCCCGUCUCUAGAGAAACCUUAUUCAACUUGGACUUUUAUGUUGCAAAUCCUCCACUAUGGUGGUGAACAACUUUGGCAGGCAGAAGUCCUGAAGGCUGACAUGACAGAUUCCAAGCUGGGUCCAGCUGAGGUCUGGACAUCUAGGCAGGCUCUGCAGGACCUGUACCAGAAAAUGCUAGUUACUGAUCUGGAGUAUGCUUUAGACAAGAAAGUGGAACAGGAUCUCUGGAAUCAUGCCUUUAAGAAUCAGAUCACAACACUACAGGGCCAGGCAAAGAAUCGAGCAAAUCCUAAUCGGAGUGAAGUUCAAGCAAAUCUUUCUCUGUUUUUAGAGGCAGCUAGUGGCUUCUAUACUCAGUUGUUACAGGAGCUGUGCACAGUAUUUAAUGUAGAUUUACCUUGCCGUGUGAAGUCUUCCCAGUUGGGAAUUAUCAGCAAUAAACAGACGCAUACCAGCGCCAUAGUGAAGCCACAGUCUAGCUCCUGCUCAUAUAUCUGCCAGCACUGCCUCGUUCACCUUGGAGACAUUGCCCGCUAUAGAAACCAGACCAGCCAGGCAGAGUCCUACUAUAGGCAUGCAGCUCAGCUUGUCCCCUCCAAUGGUCAGCCUUACAAUCAAUUGGCUAUUUUAGCUUCUUCCAAAGGAGACCAUCUGACCACAAUUUUCUACUACUGCAGAAGCAUUGCUGUGAAGUUUCCUUUCCCAGCUGCCUCCACUAAUCUUCAAAAAGCACUUUCUAAAGCACUGGAAAGCCGGGAUGAGGUGAAAACUAGAUGGGGUGUUUCUGACUUCAUCAAAGCCUUUAUUAAAUUCCAUGGUCACGUGUAUCUGAGCAAGAGUUUAGAGAAGCUAAGCCCUCUUCGAGAGAAAUUGGAGGAACAGUUUAAGAGAUUGCUAUUCCAAAAAGCAUUCAACUCUCAACAGCUAGUUCACGUCACUGUCAUUAACCUGUUUCAACUUCAUCAUCUACGUGACUUUAGCAAUGAAACUGAACAACACAGUUAUAGCCAGGAUGAGCAACUGUGUUGGACGCAGCUAUUGGCCCUCUUUAUCUCUUUUCUUGGCAUCCUGUGCAAGUGCCCUCUUCAGAAUGAGUAUCAGGAGGAAUCAUGCAGUGCAUAUCCCCUUCCUGCUGUCAAGGUCUCAAUGGACUGGCUCAAACUUAGACCCAGUGUCUUUCAGGAGGCUGUGGUUGAUGAAAGACAGUACAUUUGGCCCUGGCUGAUCUCUCUUCUAAACAGCUUCCAACCCCAUGAAGAAGAUCUCUCCAGCACAAAUGCUACUCCACUUCCAGAAGAGUUUGAGCUACAGGGAUUCUUAGCACUAAGACCUUCUUUCAGGAACUUAGAUUUCUCCAAAGGCCACCAAGGGAUUACAGGAGACAAAGAGGGACAACAGUGGCGAAUUCGCCAACAACGUUUGAUCUCCAUAGGCAAAUGGAUUGCUGAUAAUCAGCCAAGGCUGAUUCAAUGUGAAAAUGAGGUAGGGAAAUUGUUGUUUAUCACAGAGAUCCCAGAGUUAUUACUAGAAGAUUCCAGUGAAGCCAAAGAGAACCUUGUUCUUCAAGAAGCAUCCCUCGUGGAGUCCCUGCCUGUGGAAGGGAGCCCAGGGCUAAAAUCCGUGCUAUCUACGGGCAGAAGUGUGAGCACCAACUGUGACACCACGGAGAAGCCCAUGGUCACCUUCAAGGAGAACAUUAAGCCUCGAGAGGUGAACAGAGAACAAGGAAGAAGCUACCCACCCAAAGAGGUGAGAAGGGACUAUAGCAAAGGCAUAGCAGUUACUAAAAGUGAUGGAAAGAAGGACAACAACAAGAGGAAAAAUGAGACCAAGAAAUGCACCUUAGAGAAGUUGCAGGAAACGGGAAAGCAGAGUGUGGCGGUGCAGGUAAAAUCUCAAACUGAAUUAAGGAAGACCCCAGUGUCUGAAGCUAGAAAAACACCUGUAACUCAGACCCCAAGUCAGGCAAGCAAUUCCCAGUUCAUCCCUAUACAUCACCCAGGAGCCUUCCCUCCCCUUCCCAGUCGACCAGGGUUCCCACCCCCAGCAUAUGUUAUCCCCCCUCCUGUGGCAUUCCCUAUGGGCUCAGGUUACACCUUCCCAGCUGGUGUUUCUGUCCCAGGAACCUAUCUUCAGCCUACAGCUCACUCUCCAGCAGGAAACCAGGUGCAAGCUGGGAAACAGUCCCACAUUCCUUACAGCCAGCAACGGCCCUCUGGACCAGGGCCAAUGAACCAGGGACCUCAACAGUCACAGCCACCUUCUCAACAAUCCCUUUCAUCUUUACCAGCUCAGCCAACAGCACAGUCUUCAGGCCAAUUGCAGGUCCAGGCCCUGGCUCAGCAACAGCAGUCUCCCACAAAGGCUGUGCAGGCUUUGGGGAAAAGCCCUCCUCAUCACUCUGGAUUCCAACAGUAUCAGGCAGAUGCUUCCAAACAGCUGUGGAAUCCACCUCAGGUCCAAGGUCCGUUAGGGAAGAUCAUGCCUGUGAAGCAGCCCUACUACCUGCAGACCCAAGACUCCCUGAAACUGUUUGAGCCGUCCUUGCAACCUCCUGUAAUGCAACAGCAGCCUCUAGAGAAAAAAAUGAAGCCUUUCACCAUGGAGCCAUAUAACCAGAAUUCCUCCGAAGUCAAAGUCCCAGAAUUUUACUGGGAUCCCAGUUACAACAUGGCCGAUAACCGAGCAGUGAUGACCCAGCAAGCCAAUGUGGACCGUCGCAGCAAAAGGCCCCCCGGAGUCUUUCCUUCGGAGCAGGACCCUGUGCCCAGGAUGCCAUUCGAGGACCCCAAGAGCUCCCCUCUGCUUCCUCCGGACCUGUUAAAGAGUCUGGCUGCCUUGGAGGAAGAGGAAGAGCUGAUUUUUUCUAAUCCUCCUGAUCUUUACCCAGCUCUGCUGGGGCCUCUCGCCUCUCUUCCUGGACGAAGCCUCUUUAAGUCCCUGUUGGAGAAACCCUCAGAGCUCAUGUCUCAUUCUUCUUCUUUCCUAUCCCUCACUGGCUUCUCUCUCAAUCAGGAAAGAUACCCAAAUAGCAGCAUGUUCAAUGAAGUAUAUGGUAAAAACCUAAGUACCAGUGGAAAAGCAGAAGUUAAUCCCUCAAUGACCCAUCAAGAAACAUCAUUGUACUCUCUCUUUGAAGGGACACCGUGGUCUCCAUCCCUUCCUGCCAGUUCAGAUCAUUCAACACCAGCCAGCCAGUCUCCUCACUCUUCUAACCCGAGUAGUCUGCCAAGUUCUCCUCCAACACACAACCAUAAUUCUGUUCCAUUCUCCAAUUUUGGACCCAUCGGAACUCCAGAUAAUAGGGAUAGGAGGAUUGCAGAUCGUUGGAAAACAGAUAAACCAGCUAUGGGUGGAUUUGGCUUUGAUUAUCUUCCAGCCACAUCCUCAGCCUCUGAGACAAGCUGGCACCAGGCCAGCACUCCGAGUGGAACCUGGACAGGCCAUGGCCCUUCUAUGGAGGAUUCUUCCGCUGUUCUUAUGGAAAGCUUAAAGUCUAUCUGGUCCAGUUCCAUGAUGCACCCUGGACCUUCCGCCCUGGAGCAGCUGUUGAUGCAGCAGAAGCAGAAGCAGCAGCGUGGACAAGGCACCCUGAACCCGCCGCACUGAGGCCAAGUUGGUGACCCUGGUGAACCAAGGCUCCAUGAACCGUGGCAUGUUGGGUUUGCAGGACUGGCCCACACAGGAACCUGCGGGUGGCAGCCCUCUUUUCUGUUUCUCGCUGUGGAGAGGGUGUAAGUGUUCCACCAGCCCGCUGAGUGUGCACGAAAUGUUCGCAGUGCAACAACAAAAAACAUCAGGAACUCUCCCGUUCCCCUGGGGCCCACCGGGAGGGAGAGAGGAACUGCUGUUUGUCUCACUCGGUUACCUGAUAUCACCGCCUCUCACCUUCUCCAUCGUGCAUGUCCCCAGCCACAUGGGAAGGGAAAGCUGAGAACGAAAGGCAGAAGGGAGAAGCCAAUGGGAACUUCUCAAUCCUUUUUUCCUCUUUGGGGAAUAAAAUAGGAAUCCAUUAAUGAUUGCUUUGCUGACUGAGAAUGUAGUUAAAAUUAUUCCUAAACAUCUUUAUUAUUAUUACUCUCAGUAGUAAAAGAUCACACUGAAUUCUUCCAUACACAGAUGUGCUUGUAGUCAGUGUGUAGCAAUGAAAACCUCGUUCACUGCUCGUGUCCGAGGUAGGUGGUGACAGGAUGGGGGAACGUGUCUCCUCAGCCAGGGGAAGUGUUUCCAGAAGGAGAGUACAUGACCUCACCUUUCACUCAGAAAGCUCUGGCUGGCCCUUUCGUGGCCUGGAGGAUCCAGCAGGAAAUGCCCUUCACUCUGUUGGUACUCCGAGUUUCAAUCGGGGACACAGUGUGUGUACUGGGGCUGUGCUGGGCAAGCAGGUGACUGCUGUAGGGUUUUAAAUUAACGUUUUUGAUUCCUGUACAUUUUACAGUAGCAUAGCAAGCAAUCUCACCGAAGCCAGGCUAGUCUGUCCAUUCAUGGCCUGACCCAUUUUAAUAGGUAGUAGAAGCUUUCAGUGUGGUUUUUUUUCCCGUUUUGUUUUUGUUUCCCCAUCCUAUUCACCUACUCUUCCUCCCACCCCCCGAAUUUCUCCCUUUACCCUAUGCUGGAUGCUAGUAGUUUUUAUUCCUAACGUACAACAUCUCACCAAGAAGCAGCAUGGGGUCCAGCAGUUGGGGGCCCACCCCAGAAGACGGUCCAGAUAGGCAGGAAGCAGCAGCAUAUGCACAGCCAACCAAGGGGCACAGGCCCAGCUGCCCAGGCCCCUGCACAGCGCCACUCCCCAACCUUCCAGCUCCAGAGUGAAAUUCAAGGCACCAUGGACACAUGCAUCUCGGGUGCACAGAAGAGAACAACGCAGUCCAUUUUGGAAAAGGCGCAAAGAAAGGGAAAUAAACUUUUUAUUUGAUAUUUAUUCGGGGGAAAGAAGACUGGAAAUUUUCUCAUGUAGGAAAAAAAAAGGACAACAAUUCUGUCAGUCAUUUCCUGGAAAAGUAAUAUUUUAUGGGAAAAUUAUGGAAACAAUCUAAAUGUCCAAUUGCUGUGCUGGUGAUAAGAUUUUUUUUUCUGGGUUUUUUUUUUUUUGUUUUUUUUUUUCCUUUUUUCAGUGUGUGAGGGUGUCUGUGUGCUUGCACACUCACACUCGUGUAGGUAUGAGGUAAUUCAGGACCUCGGAGCUGGGACAUAGCUGCAGAGCAGAGCACAGCCAGGAGCCCGGGCAUCACGCGUGCCUGAGCAGAGGGGCGGGGUGCACAGCGCUCAUCCCUGGGAACGGUUGGAUUCCCCUGGCACUUGCAGCAUUAGCACUCUCUGAGUUUGACAUGGUGUUUUGUUUUUAUUUUUGAAAGGUCUCCAAAAGGGUAAAAGCCCCUACCCCAGUGGCAGUAUGAAAACCUUCCGUGCUUCUCUCCAGCCCUUCCCUCUCUCUGCCUCUUCCUUUUCUCUUCCCCCUGCCCACCUUACCCCAGUUUGUGUGUUUGAGCUGUGCAUCCAGGCAGCUGCAACAUUCCAGUGUUUGAAAUGUCACUGACUCUUGCACCCUAGACAAGCUAACCAGGUUCACCAUCUCACUCCCGCCAGUGCCCUAAGUCCUAGCCACAGUCCCAUUUCUGCAUGAGAAUCUGGUGUUCGGAAUGUUUUCUGGUUCUUGGGGUGGGGUUCCCCAUCCUACCAUACUCAUUGUGGAGUAAUGAGAAGGGGAGGGGACCCCCAGCAGAAACUGGUUUGUGUAGUAAGCUUUCUUUUGUGUUUUUGUCUGUCUGUGCAAGACAUGCAGCUGCUGAAAAUCAGCUUUGCCUUUAAUUAAACCAUGUUCUCUCCAACCAGA